UUCCGGGUGCAACAAGUGCGACAAGUGGCAAUGAAAGCGGUUGAAAGUAAAAGUGAAAAAGGGCAUGCAGUGACUUUGAAGGAAAUUAUUGAAGAGUGUAGAGCCUUCUUGGCAAACAAAAGUGAGGCACUGUAUCUUGUAAAAGAGAUAAUGAGUGAAGUGAAAAAAGAAGUGCCCGAAGUCAACACAGUGGAAAAAGUAAAGUGUUUAGAAAAUAGUGGAAAUGAAAGUGAGUGCAAAAAAGAGUGGACCAAACCAAACGUCAAGUAUUAG